GCUUUGCCUAUCCGCGUUUUACAAAAAGGAGCAUUUCAAGCGAACCCUUCACCUUUACUACUAUUAAUCAUGACUCAGCAACAAGCCUGCACCUACGCCGCGCUCAUCCUUCAGGAGGUCAACAAGUGCGACGCCAAGAGCAUCCGCGCUGUUACCGCCGCCGCGGGUGUGGAGGUCAGCCAGGGCAUGGCCGCCGCCUUCGAGAAGGCGCUCUCCGCCGUGAACAUCGCGGAUGUGCUUGAGAACGUCAGCUUCGCCGGCGGUGCGUACACUGGUGCGGCUACCGUGCGAGAUGCCACCAGCGCUGCUGCGCCCGCCGCCGAGAAGGAAAAGGCAAAGGAAGAGAAGCCAGUCGAGGAGGAGGACGACGAUAUGGGCUUCACCCUGUUUGACUAAAAACGCGAGGUGCGCAUGCCCCUUUCGGAUUAGGAAUAUGCACUAGAUAAUUAUUUCCUGUUUUUUAAGCAUAAAAAUAUAAAAAAUA